UCAGUAAACAGCGCGGACCGAGAUACCUUAGUCCGUGGUAAAUAGUAUUUAAUAUUUUAAUUUUUAACCAUUACAUUUUAUCACAAAAUUUAACAAACAAAAACGUACAUUAGUAUUAUUAAAGUAUUAUUUUUACUAUUUGUUAAAAAAAAGUGAUAACGUAUUUAAAUAAAUACCCAUACUCCAUAGUCCAUAGUAUGUAUCUAUCCUUAAUGGGUUUAAAUUCAUGCACCAUUAUUGAAAUUUGAAGUUCCUAUUACAAGUUAUACCUGCAAUUAGAAAUUAAAUUUAAUACAGAUGGCUUCUACUUCUGGUCCGUCAGGAUCUGAAAAUCCCACCGAUAACUUGAAAAAAGAACCAUCUAAAGGUAUUCUAAAGCCUUCUGUCAGUUAUGAAGAAAAAGAGAAACAGAAAAAAAUUGCAAACAAGUCAGCUAAGUGGGAUGAGAUGAACAUAUUAAAGACUUUACAUCCACCAGAUAAAGACUAUGGUCACAUGAAAGUAGAUGAACCAAAAACACCAUAUGAACGGGAAAUUAAUGAAGAUGAUGAUGAAAUGGAUGGUGGUGUAAAUGCGGAAGAAUUGAGAAAAAGAAUUGAAGAAGGUGGUAGACGGAGAAGUAGUUCAUUUCAAUCAGAAGAAGAACCUGAUUCUGAAGGUGAAUCUCCAGAAGACAAAAUUACAAGAGAGGUAUUUGAAAAAAAAAGAAAACAACAUUAUAAUGAAUUUCAGACUGCAAAAAUACUAGCAAAACAAAUGAUGGAUGAGGAUGAAGAUGAAGAUGAAGAUGAUGAUAAUAAUAAACAAAAUGAAGCUAGUCUGACAGUGAAAAAAUCACAAAAAAAGUAAAUUGUUAACCUUCCAAUAAUGAAAACAUCUUAAUAUCUGAAACUUUUAAGUUUCAACUAUAUACUUAUUUUACAAAAUUACCACUAUAUAUUUUUAUUUAAGAGUUUGUGUGUUCCUAAUGUAUGUUUUAAUUUUGAAAGUAUUAAAUAUUUAAAUUAAAAUAUAAUUGUGUCAAGUGUUACACAAAUAUAAAAUGAGAGACUACAUUGUACAUUAGACUUUGUCUAUAAUAUAAGAAACACCUGUAUAAAAAUUAUAGUUUGUAAUAUUUUUUUUCUCUUAUAUUAAAAUACUAAAUUAUAAACUGUUUAACUGUAUAGUUAAUAUAUUUACUAACAACUAAUUUAAAAAUAGUUUUAUUUAACAUGUAGAUAAUAUUUUAUGUCUAUAAUUUUUCUAUUUACGAAUUAACUAUAGUGUUAUGAAUGUUAUGAUAUUUUUAUAUUUCUAUUAUAACAUUCACCAUAAUUUAUUUGUUGGAUUGUAUAUAAAAUCGUUAAUUUUUUGAUUCAAUCCAUAUGUAUACAGAAAAUAUUUCAUAAUAUAUGAGUAUAGUGUGUUAUUUUGUUAACUAUUAACCAUUAUUAAUUAAAUAGUUGAGUAAAGAUCAUUUAAAUUAUAAUUUUGUGUUAUAAAAUUUUUUAAGUAAUAUAAAUUAGUAAUUUUAAAUUACAGUACUAAAAAGUAUUUAACAGUUCUUAUACUAUAGGUACCUAUAUAAUACAAAUGUAAUGUACAACAUAUAUCAUUCUACACUUGUAUAUAUUAUUAUAUAUAUUUUUUUUAUUGACUUAAAUAAAAUAAAUAUGUUGACAUGAACUUUGGUUCUCAACCUAUGUGCCGCGUAAUACUGUUAUGUAUUGCCCAACAAAUUGCAUUGAUUAAUUUUUGUAAUUUUAUUUUAUUAAUUUUAAGUUAAAUAAUUUUACACUUAAUUUUUAUUUUUUCAUAAAAUGGUAAAAUGUAAAUAUAUUAAUUUAUACAUGUUUA